AUUGAUGAAAAUAAGAUGAACCAAAUUCAGCGGCAUGAAAAGUUAUCAAAGAACUACGCCAAGACAUUAAGAUUGACUUCUGACCAACUUAAAAGUCUCAAUCUUAAAAAAGGCAUGAAUACAGUUUCGUUCUCCGUAACAUCAUCAUAUCAAGGGAGAGCUACAUGUUACGCUAAGAUCUUCUUUUGGGAUUACGAUACUCACGUUGUUAUUUCGGACAUUGAUGGUACAAUCACAAAAUCGGAUGCAUUAGGUCAUCUCUACGCAAUGAUAGGACGAGAUUGGACACAUUCUGGCGUUGCUAAACUUUAUACGGACAUUCACAACAACGGUUAUGAAAUAUUGUAUUUGACGAGCAGGGCAAUUGGUCAAGCUGAUUAUACGAGAGACUAUUUGAAGAAAUGGGAAUUAGCGAAUUU